AUGCGUUACGCAGUACUCGUGACGGGUCCAGCAGGAGCAGGUAAAUCGACAUUCUGCGCAUCACUCAUCACCCACGCCCAAACCGUAGGACGUCAAGUGCAUCUAAUGAAUUUGGAUCCGGCAGCAGAUAAAUUCGAAUAUGAACCUACGAUAGAUAUAAGGGAUUUGAUAAACCUGGAGGAUGUCAUGGAGGAAUUGGAAUUUGGUCCUAAUGGUGGAUUAAUAUAUUGUUUCGAAUACCUACUCAAUAAUCUCGAUUGGCUGGAAGACGAACUUGGUGCAUACGAAGAUGAUUAUCUGAUUAUAGAUUGUCCAGGUCAAAUAGAACUAUAUACACAUAUACCAUUAUUACCAAGAUUAGCACAAUACCUUCAAACUUCGUUGAAUUUUAGAACAUCAGCUGUUUACUUGAUAGAUUCACAAUUCAUGCAAGAUAAAUCCAAAUUCUUCGCUGGAGUGAUGAGUGCGAUGUCAUGUAUGUUAGCUUUAGGGAUCAGUAUGGUUUGCUUGAUGAGUAAGAUGGAUCUAGUCAAAGAUAAAAAAGGUAGAACGAAUAGGGAGGUAGGGAGAUACCUAGAUCCAGAUCCUACAUUGCUAUUAGACGAUCCAGUAUCAAGUACGAAUACGAAGUUUAAUGAUCUGAAUCGAGCAGUCGUAGGAUUGAUAGAAGAUCAAAACAUAGUAUCUUUCCUUCCUCUAGACGUGACGAAUGAAGAUUCAGUCAAUACUGUUUUGAGUCACAUUGAUAAUAUGAUGCAAUAUGGAGAAGACGAGGAGCCCAAGGUACCGAAGGAUAUGGAUGAAGGUGAUUUUGGAGAGGAUUAA